AUGGCUGCGCCCUCAGCGAAGAAACGGCUUGUCCACCAUCUUGACACGCCCUUCUCUGCCUCAUCAUGGCCCGAAAUCUCAAUCGAUGACCAAGAUUCAAUCUUGGAGCUCCUUUGCCAGUAUGCCCAUUCAUUCUGCCUCUUGGACAUGACCACAGAGACACUUAUGCUGCUGCAAAACGCAAUAUCUCGUGCCUCUGGAGAUGACAUUAUGUUGACAAUCAAUACCAACAGCUUUUUGAGCCCUGUAGGGCAGCACCGCCGAGUCCACACAAAACCUUCCAAGGGAAAACGGGCUGCCAAAAGGGAAAAGAGAGCCAAGUCCAAGGCGGACGAGGUGCCAAACUCAGUCAAGAUAACGACUCCGCCCGCCCCAGAGCUCAGUGCAAGCGUGGAUGUCGGCUUCAAUUCAGUUACCAAAAAUCUCGGAUCAUGUACACAAACAUCUGAUGAGGCAGACGAGUCUCACAAGGACUAUUCCAUGGUUUUUGUUGCCAGAGGGAGCCAGUCACAAGCGUUCAACCAGCACUUCCCACAACUAGUCGCGGCUGCGUCUCGAAAUAUGCCUAACAAAGAGAAGAUACGGCUUGUCGGGUUUUCCAAGCCAUGUUCCGAGAAAAUUGGUAGCGUACUUGGCAUACCGCGAGUCUCGUCAGUGGCCGUUUCUCGACAUGCGCCAGGAGCGGACGCUCUAUUUGCUGUUGUGCAGAAUCUCGUGGCCCCAGUCGACUCGCCUUGGCUUAACGAGACGCCCAGCACCGCCUACAAGUCGACUCGAAUUGGCUCUGUGGAAACGACUAUUGGGACGAAGAGAGAGAAAUAA